AUGCCAUACAGUCCACCAGAAAAAGGGUUGAGAGACAGAGAGACAGAGAUAUCUCCGAACAACCAGAAGGGUGAUAUGGUGGCCUGUGACCAUGAUCGUCCCUGUGGAAAGGGUUUCUCCUGUGACCGCCACUUUGGCCUGUGUGUUCCUCUAAGACAAGAAGGAAAAUACUGCCGGCGAGACGCCCAGUGUGUACGAGGGCUCAGCUGCAUGUUCGGCAGAUGCAUCCGGAGUAUUCCGGAAGGACAUGAAGGUUCCCGGUGUAAGGUGGAUAAGGACUGUGGUGCUUCGAUGUGCUGCGCUCGUCAUCAUGGCGAGAGCGUGUGUAAGCGUCGACUGGCACUGGGACAGAGUUGCUAUGUACCAGACGGCGGACUGGCAUUUAGCAUCAACCAGAUCUGUCCAUGCGAUGAGGGCCUGCUGUGUCGUGGGAAUGGUCAGACACAAAAAAGAGAGUAA